UCAGUUUAAUGUACGUACUUUUUAAAUAUGCAAAUAUCACGGAAACCAGGAAGUUAAUAAAUAAUUGUCAAAUACUGGGCGAAAUUUUCACCUUGUGUGCGUAAGCAUUACCGCUUGGGUAAAGAUUUAUUAUUACAAAUCUGGUAAAGUCACACAUAUACUCCUUACUUGUAUUGAUUUGGUAGUAACUUUUUACCGGAUUGGUAGUAGCUUGUUUCUGAGUGGUCAAUUACCACAACAUUACUGAACGGUAAUGCCGGUCAGUAGUGAUUUAAUACCAGUUUUCUAAGAGUGUACCAAUGAUUAUCGACGACUUUUACACUGGAUGUGAUACAAACGUUACUCGCAGCUAUGUAAUGUUAGAUGAGUUUGAGUCUCUUGGACAAUUAGUGUUUUUAUUAGAAUUCAACUCGUAACCUAUUCUGCAGCGCAGUAAAAUAUAAAUUACAAAUACUUUUGUACUUUUUCUUUGUCUCUGUGAUAAUUUUGUUAUCACAUUAUUCAAAGCGCAUUAUGAUUUCGGUUUACAUAAUGACUAAUUGUUGGCAAAGUUUAGUUUUGAUAUUGGUCAUGAACCUCGCGUGUAUUCCAGUUCAAGGUCAGGAAACAUCUGAAGAUGAAUGUCCAGCCACAGAAUAUACAACCACUACAGACGGUUCAACUACUACAGAACAAUCAACUACAGAUAGUUCAACUACAGGUCCAACUACUACAGAAGAGACAACUACAGGUCCAACUACUACAGAAGAGACAACUACAGGUCCAACUACUACAGAAGAGACAACUACAGGUCCAACUACUACAGAAGAGACAACUACAGGUCCAACUACUACAGAAGAGACAACUACAGGUCCAACUACUACAGAAGAGACAACUACAGGUCCAACUACUACAGAAGAGACAACUACAGGUCCAACUACUACAGAAGAGACAACUACAGGUCCAACUACUACAGAAGAGACAACUACAGGUCUAACUACUACAGAAGAGUCAACUACAGGUCCAACUACUACAGAAGAGACAACUACAGGUCCAACUACUACAGAAGAGACAACUACAGGUCCAACUACUACAGAAGAGACAACUACAGGUCCAACUACCACAGAAGAGACAACUACAGGUCCAACUACUACAGAAGAGACAACUACGGGUCUAACUACUACAGAAGAGUCAACUACAGGUCCAACUACUACAGAAGAGACAACUACAGGUCCAACUACUACAGAAGAGACAACUACAGGUCCAACUACUACAGAAGAGACAACUACAGGUCCAACUACUACAGAAGAGACAACUACAGGUCCAACUACUACAGAAGAGACAACUACAGGUCUAACUACUACAGAAGAGUCAACUACAGGUCCAACUACUACAGAAGAGACAACUACAGGUCCAACUACUACAGAAGAGACAACUACAGGUCCAACUACUACAGAAGAGACAACUACAGGUCCAACUACUACAGAAGAGACAACUACAGGUUCAACUACUACAGAAGAGACAACUACAGGUCCAACUACUACAGAAGAGACAACUACAGGUUCAACUACUACAGAAAAGACAACUACAGGUCCAACUACUACAGAAGGGACAACUACAGGUCCAACUACUACAGAAGAGACAACUACAGGUCCAACUACUACAGAAGAGACAACUACAGGUCCAACUACUACAGAAGAGACAACUACGGGUCUAACUACUACAGAAGAGUCAACUACAGGCACGGAAGAGUCAACUACAACUCCAACCACUAUCACAGAUGGUUCUGUAGGUACACCAAUAACACUCAAACCAGCGGCUAAAUUUAGACAACCAUGUAUAACCAGCACGACGGUACCUGUGCCAACGACGAAUUCUACAACUAUGACUCCCACAACGCCUAGAACUACUACUUCAACACCACCAUCUUGCCGCUCGUGCGAUGUCAAAUGUAUAGCAACGGACGCUAGAAAUCGAACUUGGGAUCCAUGUCCAGGGGAGACCCAGACCAAAAAUUGUUCCGAAGGUGCAGAUGGCACAGAAGUGUGGACUUGCGAUUGCGACGGCAGGUUUACGACGCCUCAACCAAAUGAUUCUGGAUGCAAGUCCCGUUGGUUGAAAGAAGCUUUGGAAUUGGCUGAAAAUAUACAAGACCUGACAGACGUUGAAAAUGUGAUGCAGCACAUCAAUCAAAACAUUACGGAGAUGAUCCGUGGGAACACGAGGCCAAACUAUUAUGGACAUGAGAUUGAAGACGUGCUAGUAGGUCUGCUUCCCACCGUGGUACAAAAGGCUAGCAAUUUAACACAUUUAGUGGAAGAAUUUAAACCCAUUGCUGACGACGUGGUGAACAUUACGUACAUCGUUACACAAUUUUCCGAGCCUUGGCAGGGUCUAGACAAUAAAAACCGAUCCCGUUUCGCGACAAUAUUGCUGCAAAAUAUAGAAAGUGUAUCAUUCAAUCUCACCGGAAUAUCUUCCUGCGAUCCAACUUCAUCCACACGAAUGGAAGAAUUUAUUCAUCACAUUUAUUUAAAUGAAACAUAUUUUGUGACUUCUGCUCUGAUUUCAAAUGAUGUCAGUGACGAUCGUCCCGAAUUUCCGAAAUUUAACAUGUCGAAGGGUACGGUCCUUAGGCUGCCUCCAAAUUGGGGAAGGGAAAUUUCCGGCAAAGUUGACUGGACGGGGUCAUUAAUUGAUGCUGAAUAUGCCAGCUACAUUCUUCCACUUCAAUCUGAAGGAAAUCGAGAGACAAUAUAUAAUGGAAAUUUGAUAUCUUUUACCGUCUCAAGAACAAGAUCGUCCUGCGACUCGAUAGACGAGGAUAGAAAAGUUGAACUGAAUUUCACAAACGGGCCCGGUGUCCAAAUAAUAUUUCCCCACCGUGUGGAAGCCUGGGGCGACAAAACGGCCAAUCUUCAUAGAGACUUAAAACCUGGCGAAGAAAGAAUGGCCGCUUUGGGUUCAGCAAGAUGCGUAUUUUGGGACACGGUUAAUUUAACUUGGUCAACGGAAGGAUGCAAAGUUAUCGCGUCGACACCAUUUGAGACAACUUGUGAAUGCGACCAUUUAACUUCAUUUGCCAUUUUAAUGGAUCUACACAACUAUCGGGGGGUGGACGUCGCCUUGCAAUAUUUGACGUAUACUUUCUGCCCAAUUUCUAUCGUGUGCUUGAUCGUCUGCGUCUUCCUGUUCUCAACGAUUGUCGUUGCACACAAUGAGCGGAUGCUGAUAACCAGGAAUCUUUGUUGUUGUCUCAUCGUGGGGAAUAUAUUUGUCAUCACGACGUUGAACAAUCCCAGCUUCAUGACCCCGACUGCCUGUUUCAUCUUUGGUUUCUUGACACACUACGUUUUCCUGGCAGCCUUCUGCUGGAUGGCGUUGGAAGGAUGGUACUUGUACAAAGUGAUCAUCAACGUCUUCAACAACGUACUACCGAGGCGUUCCUGGAUAUACAAUUUGAUUGGAUAUGGAGUACCGCUAGUCAUGGUGGGAAUUACACUGCUAAUUGGGUACAUCUUUGGAGAAGGGGAUGUUUACGGGGGAGAAGUGUGUUGGCUAGCAGGCUCAUACAUUUGGGCAUUUAAUGGUCCCGUCUUAAUUGUAGUGGUGGCGAAUAUCAGCAUAUUGACGAUAUGUAUGGUGACAGCUCACAGGGUUCGGAAAAGUAGACAAUUUCCCAUGCUUAAGCGUCGAGUUUCUUCUUUAUCGACUUGGGUUAAAGGAUGUAUCGCAUUAAGCAUCCUUCUCGGCUCGACGUGGAUUUUUGGCUUCUUUGCCUUGAUACCAGGAGCAGAAUUGGUUUUCUCGUACAUUUUUGUCAUCCUCAAUGCAUCUCAGGGGAUAUUCAUCUUUGUCUUCAAUGUCAUUUUGAACAAAAAAGUGCGUCAAAAAUGCGCCUCAAAACUGCUUCUCACAAGAUGUGGAAAAUAUUUACCAAAAUCUUGUUUAAGUGGACCUUCUUCUUCUACGUUUGCCACAUAAAACGCAACCAACUUCCGGCGAACGUUUCCUGGGUCGAAUACUGGAACCAUGAAACCAUGAAGAACCAUGAAGUGACAGUUUUUCAUCAUUCUCCAAGUCGGCCGUCAGCAAAAGUAACCUUAUCAGCUAAUCUUUUGCAGUGAUACUUACAUAUUAAUACAGUUUAUCGUUUAUCAUGCAACUGGCUUACAAAAAUGCAUAAUAUAAAUUUCUAAGCCUGACUAUUUUAAUUAACUGUACAAGUAUUUUUGUAUGUUGGUAAUUAUUACCGAAUGUGUGAGGCUUUAUUACGUUGAUGUAAAUAUUUUAACAGAGCACGAAUUAUGUAUCAGUAAGAUUAAAAUUCCUAUACAAAUGUAAAA